AUGGCUGAGAAUGACAGUACUAGCAAUGAUGGGGGCCCAUCUAAAGAGGAGCAUCAUUCCGAGGAAAGUAGCUGGGAGACAGAAACUGACGACGAUUCGACCUUGGAAUAUGAGUUCGAUUAUGAGUCCGAAGGACUAAUACUUUGCAAUCGGUACGAAUUCAUGGCAUAUGCCUAUGCUUUAACCCCAUACUUCGACUACGGGAGUAGCGAGUUAUCCUGCAAAGACAAUUCCAAAGUCCUCCUGCCAGAUGAAGUUAUCACAGAACUGCAGAGCUGGCUCGGCGAAGUGAAUUCGCGGAUGAUCUGGAUCCAAGGCCUACCGACGAAAUCGUACGGCUCCGACCUCUCGCUAGCAGCGCUGCGGAUCGCCUCGAUGCUGCAAGACGAAGACAUCCCCUGCGUAUCGUUCUUCGUCAAGCCGGGCGACAACUUCGCGCCGUCGGUCCCGCAGCACCAAGCCGCCGUCAUAGCCCUCCUGUACUCCAUCAUCGCGCAACUGAUCUAUCUCCUGCCACUCGAGUUUGAGGACGUCGACGAGCUCCACGAAACGAAGUUCCGGAAGCUGGAUGGGAGCUUUGGAAGCGUGCCGCUUGCUCUGCAGAUAAUACAGGCUUUGCUGAGACACGCGCCACCGUCGCUGGUCUGGGUCUUGGACGGGUUCCAUCUGGCGGAAAAUCAAGAUACGAUUCCUCAUCUGGAGACACUGGUUGAUAUUCUUCGCGCCCAGGAGUCGAUGCGGGUUUCCCUGGUUUGUUUCACUACUGAUGGUAUCAGCGCGGUUCUACACCGUAGAGUGGACGUACUCGAGCAAGUCUGUGUGUCGGAAACGGGUGGUUCUGAUAUCAACAAGUUGAGUCUUCCUCCAAGUGAGUUCUCUUAG